GGCCUAAAUACACACGAAGAAGAAGAGGAACAGGAAGAAAACCAACACAUCGUCACUAAACCCAGUUGGAAGACUGCUGAGUAUUUGUAAAUUAAGUUCUUCUUCCUCUACGCCGUUGCUCGGCUCAUUAGUCGUGUAUAAUUAUUAAUUAAUUAUUAUUUCUUUUCGGAAUAAUAUUUAGCUGAUGUCACCGGUGGUAUUAGACUUAAAAAUGAAUAACAACUGUGUUGAUAUUUGAUUUCACUUCAACUUUCGAGGUGAAACAAUAGCAGAGACAGCAGAACUGAGAUGAGCUGAAGACCCGAGGAGAGGACACUUCACUGCAGACUAUUUUGAAACAUGUAUGCUUCCAGUUAGGUGACACCUGUUGAGAAGCUAGAGCUGCAAGUCAGUAGAAUCAUGGAGGAUGACUCCAGGCCUUUGCUGAGUUCAGAGCAGACUGGAGAGGACUACUUGCAAAGAGACUCCACAAAUUCGCUAGACUUGAGAACUAAAAGGCCUUUCCAUGUGGAACGCAAGAACAUUAUAAAUGAUGGCCCUCAAGAGACAGUAUCUGCGGAGGCUGCUGUACUCAACAGCAGAUUACACUACUACAGCAGACUCAUGGGGUCUUCUGAUCGACAAUUGAGUCCUCCAGAUCACGUGAUUCCCCAGCCAGAUGAGAUCUACAUCUAUAGUCCACUGGGAACAGCUUUCAAGGUCCCAGGCAGUGAUCAUACCUCUAAAAACCCCAGUAUCAUCACCAUAUUUGCUAUAUGGAACACAAUGAUGGGCACAUCUAUACUCAGCAUGCCUUGGGGUAUAAAGCAGGCUGGUUUCACCCUUGGAGUCUUCAUUGUCAUCUUCAUAGGCCUGCUGAUGCUGUAUUGUUGUUAUAUUGUCCUCAAAUCACCAAAGUCAAUACCCUGUGUGGACACAUCAGACUGGGAAUUCCCUGAUGUCUGUCAGUACUAUUUUGGAAAAGUUGGUCAGUGGUCCAGCUUGAUGUUCUCAAUGGUGUCACUUGUUGGAGCUAUGGUAGUCUACUGGGUACUCAUGUCCAACUUCCUCUUCAACACUGGGCAGUUUAUUUACAACCAUGUUCACAAUAUCAAUGUGUCAGAUUCAGAGUUGGAAACCAAUGGCUCAGAAAAAGUCAUCUGCCCUUACCCAAAUACUAACCCUGGAGGGAACAACACCAUCAGCACCCUUUUCCUCAGUGACAAUGGAAAUAUGUCCGAUGUGAACCCUUUUGAACGCUACUGGAGUAAAACCAACACUGUCCCCUUCUAUCUCAUCAUUCUGCUUCUUCCACUGCUCUGCUUCCGCUCAGCGUCCUUCUUUGCAAGAUUCACUUUCCUGGGCACCAUAUCAGUGGUCUACCUGAUUGUUUUGGUCACUGUCAAAGCUGUCCGCCUAGGCUUUCACCUGGAAUUCCACUGGUUUGACAAAACAGAAUUCUAUGUUCCAGAGUUCAGAUUGCUCUUCCCUCAGCUCACUGGUGUUCUCACUCUGGCCUUCUUCAUUCACAACUGCAUCAUCACAUUAAUGAAGAACAACAAGGACCAAAAGAACAAUGUGCGUGACCUGUCUGUGGCUUAUCUUUUAGUGGGGCUAACCUACCUUUAUGUUGGAGUGUUGAUCUUUGCUGCUUUUCCCUCUCCUCCACUUUUUAAAGACUGCAUUCAGCCAAACUUCCUGGAUAACUUCCCCAGCAGUGAUAUUAUGGUGUUUGUGGCUAGGACCUUCUUGCUUUUCCAGAUGAUUACUGUAUACCCCCUGUUGGGUUAUCUGGUGCGGGUUCAGAUGAUGGGUCAACUAUUUGGAAAUCAUUAUCCCAGUUUCCUUCAUGUUCUGAUACUGAACAUCUUAAUUGUUGGAGCUGGUGUCCUGGUGGCCACAUUUUAUCCCAAUAUAGGAUCCAUCAUACGGUUUUCCGGAGCAAUUUGUGGAUUGGCUUUAGUGUUUGUAUUUCCUGCAUUAGUCCACAUGAUCACCUUGAGACGGCAGGGGAUGCUGAGGUGGAAGACAGCAAUUUCCCACAGUUUGCUAAUCUUACUGGGUGUGGCCAACCUGGCGGCUCAGUUUUUCAUGUAGAAGUGGCUAGUUAAUCUUUCAGAAUUAAGAUUAAUAAAUAUGAAGAAGAAUUCAGCUGGCAACAUGACAUUAUUUGAAGAAACUUUAAGUGUGAAAGGCAGAUGAAUCAAAUCAGCUACUCAGAUUAAUGUUUGUGUUUGUGGUAAUUAAAUUUCCUAUCACAAGAAGUUACAGUUGAAUAUUAGGGCAGUAAUACAGUUUAAUAACAGGAAUUCAGUGUUUUUGUUCGGCAUACAUACAUUUUUAUUUUCUUCAUGUUAUACAGCCUUUUUUUCUGCCCUGCUAGUCGUAUACCAUAUUCUAAACUGUGUUGAAACACAGAUGUUUCAGAUGGGUGUGAGCAUUUUGUUAAUGGGUUUAUGGUUACCGUACAUAUUUUUUUUUUUUGGCAACAGUUUCCUUGGAAAAAGCCAAGGGCGCACUUUAUUCAAAACUAAAACAGAACCGGUCAGAAUUAAACUGGAUCUAGUGGGGAAAAAAAUUGAAAAUUUAACAGGUAAAGAUCUAUAAAUAUUCACUCUGUGUAGGCCAAAGUGAUGUGGACACAAUUACUAGUCCAAUUGAAUAACAUUAGCUCUCUAUAGUUCCUCAACUGUAACUUGAUAGAGCUGGGUUACAGCAGUCACAGUUAUAUCUGGCUGAUGGUAACUAUCAAGUAUUGACUUGCUAUUUUUUUUAAAAAUUAUAAAUAACAUCUGGCCCAACCAUAGGAUAAUUAAUUGCUGUCUUGAUUUGUUUUAAAUAUAUACUAUAUUUUACUAAUGGUUGGAUAGCUAAAGGGAUGAUGUGCGAGGAAAGAGUCUGUAUUAACUUUGGUUUUCACGUUAUUUUUAAUCAUCAGUAUCAGUGUGAAAAAUAAUUUUGGUUUGAGGCAAAUUUUAGUACUGUGGGCAUUAUUAUCUGUAACAUUGCAUUCACUGAGGUCACAUGGGGAUCAAGAUGCACUGUGGUAAAAAAGCAAGCAAUAGCUCAGUAUUAAUAAUUCUUAUAGCAGGGUAAUAUUAAACUAUUAAUAACUAGUUUUGCCUCAUAGGCAUCUUUGUAUGUUACCCAUGCCCAUAGUUUUUGGCCCCUUCUUUCACAUUUUAGUCUAAUAUGUUUCAGCCAUAACAAUUGUUGAUACAAGCUAUUACUUGGUUUAUAUCUUGGUAUUUCUCAUGCUAUUAUGUGAGUAUUGCAACGUUUAGACAUUACAGCAGUAUUAUCAUGUUAAUACUGAGCUGUUAUUAAGUCCUGUCAUAAUAGUGAACAAAAUUAUAAAUAUCAAUUUGGGGUUUUCAGAUUGAUUUCCCUUUCCACACAGCAAAAAUGAACAGAAAUGUUGGGUGUGAGGGAAGAUAAGGUGCUGCGAAAGUCACUUGUACAAAUCAGUCAAACUUUUUAGGUGUUUGGUUUAUUUUAUUAUUAUUAUGAGUUGUUUUUUUUUCCUGUAGCACACAAACCAAAAUCUGAUUUAUUUUUCUCCACACUUUGUAUUAUUUUAUCUACCAGUUUACACUAAUUAAAGCUUAAUUGAAAUUA